GUGGGCAUUUUAGGUCUGGUAAAACAAAAGGGAAGCCGGAGAAAUCGGUUGUUGUCGACGCCGGAGGGGAAAUGAGUGGGGCAGGAGCGCCGGACUUCUUCUACAGAGAAGCUCAACGUCUUGGAUAUGUUGCUCGUUCCGCUUUCAAGCUUCUACAGAUUCAAAAACAGUACAAGCUCAUCAAACCAGGCUCGUCAGUUCUUGACCUAGGUUGCGCGCCUGGUGCUUGGCUUCAGGUUGCCUGCCAAAGCUUAGGUCCACUUAAAAGCGGUGGUAAUGUCGUCGGUAUGGAUAUAAAGAAGGUGAAGGUUCCUCCACGGUGUGAUUUGCGAGUGCAAACCAUUUGCGCCGAUGUUUUAAACUUCCCCAGACAAAAUAUUCGGGAGUUAUCGCCUCAGCAAAAGGGAUUUUCAGUGAUUCUUUCAGAUAUGUGUCCCUCAGUAUCUGGAAUUACCACCAGAGAUGCAGCUUUGUCUGCUGAAUUGGGAAUGCGAGCCCUCGAUUUAGCUGUUGGUAAAGCUGCCAUCUCUCAGUCACCUGAUGAUGAUGAUGAUAAUGAAGGAGGAGGAGGCGAUGAGGACAGUCGUCAUGGUGUACUUAGGCAUGGAGGUCAUCUUGUCAUCAAGCUUCUAGAGAGCGAGGAUGCUCAAGAUUUUGCCCGAAUUUGCAAGCCCAUCUUUCACAAGGCAUCUUGGUUGAGGCCAAAAGCUACAAGAUCAUCUUCUCGAGAAAUUUAUUUGAUCUGCCAGGGAUUUCGAUGAGAAAAGCCUUUUUCAUAUACAAACAAUCCAAUGGUAACUCUUUUUCUAAUACAUGUAUCAGGUAUUUUCUGGAAUAAUGUAGUUUACAAAGGAUCAGACAGAAAAAUAAA